AUGAGUGAUGCGAAAACACCAUUAUCCGCCCAAAGUGAGCGCUACAUGGAACUGGCCUGUGCUGUAUUUCGUAACGAUCGUGGGCGUCGUUUCGUUACCGAUCUCACAUAUCGUUACAAUGCGCAUCGGGGAAGUCAUACGCGCGAGAUCGAGAGACGCGAGGCAGCAAUAAACUUUUUCCCGACACGCGCUCUCCGCGGUAGCCGUGUGGUGACGAGCUUUCGAUUGACGGCGUGUUGCGCGUGUUUUCCACUCAGAGUGGGGACCAUUUUCAGCGGAGUAUGGUGCAUCGUACUGUCGGUCGUGACGAUCAUACUCCUCUUUACUGCAGAAAAUCUUGAAUUCCACACAAUAAUCAUGAAAGUCGACACGACGACGACCAAAAUCAUUUUAGCGUUAAAUUUGGUCAUGACGAUUAUAGUUUCAACGUUGAUGAUAAUCGGAGCCUUAACGAAACGGACGACUUUAAUGUUGCCGUGGAUAGUUCUGGGUAUCCUUAUUGUCAUCGGUCUUCUUGUCAGUGUGCUUUUCACAUCGAUAACAUUGUUCUUGAAAGAUGACGAAGUCAAUCGCUACUUGUACGGAUCAUUUUUCUUGGUAUUCGGCCUCAUUUCAGUUGUGAUCUACGCGUACUUCUGGUUCGUAGUCUACAGUUACUAUCAACAGCUGAGAAUUGAAAAGUCGAGCUUCAGAGUUGGUCCGUAUGGCAGACCGUAUUGUUACCAGCGACGUUGAAACCAAAAAAAGUAUCAAAUUCUCCUCGCCUCCAGCUUAUAUUUAUAAGUUUCAGUACCAAGACUUAAUACUUUAGUCCAGCUUGAUUAUUUUUUUUUUUUUUUUUAUCUUUGUUUCAUAAAUAAGUAACAUAGACAAGAGUUUUAUACAACUAUAUUUUAUUUUUAUAGAAAAAAAAGCAUUUCUUACAGUGCAAUUAUCAAAUAAUACAUUAUGAAAAUAACAAAAAGUUAACGAUUAGUAUGUAAAUAAUAUUUUACUAAAACUUAAAUUCAUAAGGCUAGAUCAGUCACUAUUUGUUACUAACCAAUCGUUGUUCAAAAUAGUGGUGAAUUUUUAGCUUUUACGAAAACAUUACUAUUUUAAUUGUAUCAAAUAUAUUUACACAGUAAUACCAGUAGCGCUACUACAAUAAACAUGAGAGUUUGGAAAAAUGUAAAAUAAAAAUUACUCAAAAAAUUUUCACACAAAAAAUAAAAAUAAUGUUUUACAAUGAAUCUCCAGCUAUUUAUUGCUAUCAGUAUUAUGAGUACUAAAAACGCGAUUAUUAUUGUACUUAUAUUUUUCAAGAUUUAAUGUAUAACAGAACUAUUUCUACAUUACUAACCUAUUGUGGGUAUUUAAACUUUCCUUUAUUAUUUAAACAUACCUGAAUCGAUUUUACGUCGUGUACUGUAUUAUCAUUAUAAUCCUUAUUGAGAAAUCACCAUAAAAAUUAUUUAUUUUUCAAUCGAUUGAUUACUUUCAACUUAAAUUGCAAAGCCUAAUCCUAUUUCGGUUUCAUGGAUGUGAUACCUGGCAAAAACCAUCACAAAAAAAUUCUGAGAGCGCCCUGACCAGAAAUCGAACUCACAACCCCUAGAGAGCUGUGUUGUUUCAAUGGCUAGCACCCAAACCACCUGAGCCAACGACGAGCUCAUGGCUGGUAUAGUGGAAUUUGUCGAGAUCAGCAUGUAGAGCGAUUUUUUCAGAAGUGAACUCAGUUGAAAUUAAUUUUUUAUGGUACAUAGCAUUUAAAUAGGAGGCGAUUGAAAACACGUUCCAAACUACCCCUAAGUGGGGUUGAAAGGCUAUGGCGCGCCUGCAUGAACGCGUGGCCGUUGCCACAUUGUCAUUGAGCUUAGUCGGUAUAUAAGCAUCAGGGAAAACUGUAUACAAAUGGAUAAUAUAGCCAUGCGCACGCAAGAGCGUCUGCUUACUGCUGAUAAUGUUAACUGGAUUAAAAAAUAAACAGGAAGGAACAUAGAAGCAAGUCUUACAUCAAUUUAACUUCGUUAACAAGAGAAGUAAUUAAAAAAUGCGACAUGAAACAUU